AUGGCAGCCACCGCUACCGAGACUGCGCCGACGCCGAGUGUCUCCCGGGAUCCGGCCCUUGUGUCGGCCCUCGCCGCGCGCAACGACACCUUCACGACGCUCCUCUCCCUCAUCCCGCAGCAGUAUUACGUCCAGCCGACGCAGGAGGAGGCCGACUCGCGAUGGAUGAAGAACAAGAAGAGGAAGACCGGGGAAGAGAUCAAGGAGCACAAGCGCAAGGUUAAGCAGGAGAAGCUCGACCCGGACAACCUGCCCGGCGCUGCCAUUGAGACCGAGACCGAGGAGGCUGUUGUCGCUGAGCUCCCGCCAGCUCUCCCGGCUUACAGCGCUCUUCCCCCCGCCGCGUCGAUCUCGGACCUGCGCUCUCGUAUGCGCUCCAAGCUCGAGUCGUUCCAGAAGAACCGCAACUUUGACCCGAAUUCGCGUGAUGCACUCGAGGCCGCGCGGCGGCAGAAGCGUGGCGAGAUGCGCGACAAGCGGCGCAAGGAGCGGAAGGAGGAGCGGCGCAAGGCGCGCGAGGAGGUGACGGCGAAGCCGGCGAAGAACCAGCUCCUUGUCCCGCAGCUGCCGCGCGAGACAGGCGAGGACAUUACGCUUCCCGCCGUCGCGCUCCCGAGUGCGGCCAAGGGCAAGGCGCCGCUGAAGAAGCUGUCGAACGCGGCUCAGGCGCUCGCGCACCUCGAGAAGCACAAUGCCAAGCUCGCCGCCCUCCCCGAGGAGAAGCGGAAGGAGGCCGAGCAGCGCGAGCUCUGGGCCAAGGCCGAGGAGCGCGCGCGCGGAGGCAAGGUCGCCGACGAGGCGACCGUGCUCAAGAAGGCGGUCAAGCGCGAGGAGAAGCGCAAGCUCAAGUCCGGCCAGGCGUGGGCCGAGCGCAAGCGCGAGCUCGAGGCGAGCCAGCAGGCAAGCAUCAAGAAGAGGAACGACAACAUUGCCGCCCGUCUCCAGGCACGCCGCGACAAGAAGUCGGGCAAGAGCGCAAAGGACAAGGCCGCCGCCAAGAAGGGCAAGGGCCGUCCCGGCUUUGAGGGCAAGAAGAAGCGCGCCUAG